AUGGAGUCCGGCGAUGCAGAUAUUCAUACAUACCAGCCCGUUGGUAAUGUUCAGGUAUCCCCAAAUUCUGGAAGGAGGACAUUUAUUCCAGAUGUUGAUGAUUUGAUUAAACCUCAGAUGCAUAUGACGUUUGAUUCGCUGGAAAAUGCUUUUCGUUUUUACCAAAGAUAUGCUAAGGCGGGAGGUUUCACAGCUAGGAAGGGUACUCAAUAUGAGCCUCGAAAGGGUGUAAUACAUAAUAAAUGGUUCGUAUGCUCAAAAGAGGGUACUAAACCCUUAAAGGCGAUUGACUCAACUCAGGAAGCUGGUAGUUCUAAUGUUAACUCGAAGUCUAAGAUUACUCGCAGGGUUCCUUCUAUAAGGACCGGAUGUGAAGCGUGCAUUCGGGUUAAGUUAAUAGCCCCGGAUAAUCUUUACGUGGUUUAUUACUUCGAGGAGUCGCAUAAUCACUCAUUUGUUGCUGAAGAUGACAGGUACUUGCUUCCUGAAAACAGAUAUAUGAAUUACGUACAGGAAGAAGCCGUGAAUGCUUUGAGUGCCAUAAACGUUGGUCCAGUUAGAGCGUUUAACAUUAUGAGGACUCUUUAUGGAGGUUUCGAUAAGGCGGCAAACAUAUACACACGGACAAUUUUCUUUGAUGCGCAACUUGAAAUUCAAACAGCCAUUCACAAGUGUGCUGUUGGAAAAUGGGAUGAUAGAGAGGAUAACUUUGUGAACUUCUCUGUGAAGGACUUUUCUCAAGCGUGUACUACAUUUUUUCAGGUUAUGAUGCGGCAGCUAGACAUGACCGUUAGUUGCUCAUGCAAUAGGUAUGAACAGUUUGGGCUUCUGUGUGCGCAUAUUUUUUGCGUUUUGCGGCUUCUUGAUAUCAGGCAGUUCCCUGAAAGGUACAUAAUGCGACGGUGGACCAGGGAAGCUGUUCCUAAUAGUGCACCGGGAGCGAUAUUGGGGAUUAGUGAAAGUGAUGAUCGGUACCAGCAAGUUAAUGGUGUUGUAAGGGAGAUAACAAGGUCAGCCGAGUCUCUUAUUAACAGGUUGGUUCAUAACUUUGAUGCGUUGUGCGCUUUUAGGGACCAUGUUGUCCAGUAUCAAUCGACCGCUGAUCAGGCAGUCGUAAACGCUCCCCCUAGGAGUCGUCGUGAUAGGUUUGCUGAAAUAACUGGAUACACGCAAGAAACACCUGUAACUGUUCGUAUGCCGAAAACCAUUAGAUUUAAAGGUAUGGGCAAACCUUCCAGAAUGAAGAGUAGUCGUGAAAUUGCCAUUAUUCAAUCUGCGAAGAAAAAAAAGGGUCGCGAAUGUGGCAAUUGCAAACGUCGGGGGCAUAAUAGACGUACCUGCUCGUACCCGACAAGGGAAAAUGCCGACGACUCCUCAGAAAGUGACGAAGCGGAUCUUGAAGGAGAGGACGAAGAGGAGCUAGAAGAUGUGGCGGGUGAAGGAGACGACGAAGAGGAGCUAGAAGAUGAAGAGCAAGAGUAG